AUGGUUCGUACCAAGCAAACUGCCCGUAAAUCCAGCGGUGGUAAAGGCCCCAGGAAGCAGCUUGCUACAAAAGCCGCUCGCAAGAGUGUGCCCUCUACUGGAGGGGUCAAGAAACCUCAUCGCUACAGGCCAGGUACUGUGGCUCUCUAUGAAAUCAGACGUUAUCAGAAGUCCACGGAACUUCUGAUUCGUAAACUUCCCUUCCAGCGUCUGGCGCGUGAAAUUGCCCAGGACUUUAAAACAGAUCUGUGCUUCCAGAGUGAAGCAAUUGGUGCUUUGCAGGAGGCAAGUGAAGCCUAUCUGGUUGGCCUGUUUGAGGACACCAGCAUAUGUGGUAUCCAUGCCAAACAUGUCACAAUCAUGCCAAAAGAUAUCCAGCUAGCACACUGCAUACGUGGAGAACGUGCUUAAACUCCACUAUGAUGGGAAACAUUCUUCAUUCUCAAAACAGAAAAAAAUCUCUUCUCCCUGUUAUUGGUAGUU